CUUCAGCUCACCUCCAGCCAGUCGGCGUUGACUCUCCUGAGCAGGAAGAUCACCUCACCGGCCUUAAGGCUCAACUCCAGCUUCCCGCUCCCGCUGAAGUCAAACAUCGCCUGGACAAACACACACACAGACACACACACACACAGACAAACACACACGCGCGCCACAAGCACACACACGCGGCACACGUGGACAGAUAGGAAGAGGGACGUUUGAGUGAAGGAGACACAGAGGUGCCAAGAUGGCGAUGAAAGACUUUUUGAAAGAAGAUGAUAUCAAGAAGGCUCUUGAUGCAUUCAAGGUGGCAGAGUCCUUUGACUACAGGAAGUUCUUUGACAUGGUGGGCCUGAAGGCCAUGUCUGCUGAUAACGUCAAGCAGGUCUUCAAGGUGCUGGAUGUUGAUGAGAGUGGCUACAUUGAAGAGGAGGAGCUCAAGUUUGUGCUGAAGGGCUUCUCCUCAGAGGGAAGAGAUCUGUCCGAUGCGGAGACCAAAACAUUCCUGUCAGCUGCCGACAAGGAUGGAGAUGGAAAAAUCGGCAUUGAUGAGUUCGAAGCCCUGGUACACGAGUAACAGGCAUAUCCCUGGCCGCCCCCACUGGCUACCUCUCCUCUCCCUCUCCUUGACCCCGCGUCUCUCCCCCCACCUGACCCCUGUCCUCCCCUCUAGGCCUCCUGGUCUGGCGAGAGAGCCACCACCAGAGAGCUUCAGCAGGGGGCGACAGAGAGGCAGCAACCACCAACAAACCUCUCUAUUUAUUCCAUCCCCCUUUUUAUACAAACACACUGUGCGUGUCGACGUCGUCUUUUAUUUAAAGUACACUAUGAUUUCACUUUUGCUCACCUGAACCUGAGUCUACCUAUCGUAGUCUUAUCACAAACAGUAGUCAUUCUCUGGCCUCCCCCCUCUCCCCUCUCUCUCUGCCAUGACUUGCAUACCCCCCCCCCCCCCCUCCCCACCUCCCCAUCCCCCUGCUGAGCGAUAAAAUAUGAUUAAAUAUGCCAAUAAAACAUGAAAAUGAUGACAAUGAGCUUCAGUUAUGAAGAGGGGAAUGAUCCCAAUGAGAAAUAAAACAAUGUCUUGAGUACACUGA